AUGGCUAUCACCGAACUUCAUACCAAGGAGCUCAGCCCCGGCUUCGGGAUCGAAGCACACAACUUUCCAUUUCAACCUGACACACUCGAUCAAAGCGCUCGCCUGAUUGAAGAUCUUGUCAAAAAGCACGGCUUCCUCGUCAUCCGCAAAAGCGGCCUUACAGACGAAACCCACAUCGCCCUAGCUCGACAUCUCGGCGAGCUAGACGAUGUCAAGCCCUACAAUAAAGCGGGUCGUAUCAACCGCCUCCAGUACGACGAGCUCUUUGACGUAGGAAACAUUGAGGCAGACGGUUCCAUCGUCGACCCUAAAUCCCCGCGUGCCCAGGCUGGGUUGGGUAAUGCUUUCUUUCACGUCGAUUCGAGUUUCAAUCCUAGGCGGGCGGGCUAUUCCAUGCUCCUGGCACAUGAGUUGCCUCCCCAGGGUACAGGUGGAAGCACAGAAUUUUGCGAUACCAGGGCUGCGUGGGAUGGGCUGGAUGAGGAUAUGAAGGCGGAGUUGACGGAGAAAGACUACGUUGCUUGCCAUUCUAUCCUGCAUUCCAAGAAACUCGCGGCCCCGGAGCACUUUGCGAACAUUGAACCCGCAGACUAUCCAAUGGGACGACACAAGCUCGUGCAAAAACAUGAAGCUUCUGGACGGAUGAACCUUUAUCUCGCAAUGCACAUCCACCAUAUCGAGAACCUCACUCCGGAGGCCUCAAAGGCCUUGUUCGAGAAGCUCUUUGACCACGCUACGCAGGAAAAGUACCGCGUCGUGGUGGACUGGGAGGAUGUCGGGGAUAUGGUCAUCUGGGAUAAUACCUGCACGAUGCACCGCGCCAUGGGUGGGGACUUUGCGUACAAGUACAGGAGAGAUAUGAGAAGGGCUACUGUUCAUGAUGGGAGUUCGCAGGCAUGGGGGUUGAAUGAGAGGACGGAUGUGAGGCAGGGGUUGCCGUGA